GACAUCCUCUUGCGUCGCAGUGCCUCUCUGUAGUGCUAGUUGGGGCGUGUUGACGGACCAUCCUGCAAACUGAGUUUAUAACAACUCACGAACCAGCCGAGUAUCCUGCUCAACUCACCUCACGUUAAAGGAAGAUGUUUUUUGCCAAGAAAUUACUCGGUGGCAUCAUCGAUGCUGUCAGCAACAUCGACCCAAACCAGUUUGUGCCUUCUGACCCGCCUCCACCACGCAGGCCAACUGUAUAUGCCGAGCAGCAUGAGAGUGAUGAGGAGAAACAGUUCCGUAGAGUCUUCCAGCAGCUCGCUGGAGAGGACAUGGAAGUGAGCCCGCCAGAGCUGUUGGACAUCCUCAACAGAAUCAUCGGAAAGCAUGGAGACCUGAAGACAGAUGGCUUCAGCAUUGAGUCUUGUAGGAGCAUGGUGGCAGUCAUGGAUAGUGACAGCACUGGAAAACUCGGCUUUCAUGAAUUCAAACAGCUCUGGAACAAUAUAAAGAAAUGGCAGGGAGUGUACAAAACCUAUGACACAGAUGGCUCCGGUGUCAUCGGUGCAGAUGAGUUGCCCAACGCCUUCAGAGCAGCUGGCUUCCCCCUCAAUGACCAGCUGUUCGACAUGAUAAUCCGCAGAUACAGCGAUGAAGCGGGCAACAUGGAUUUUGACAACUACAUCGGCUGCCUUGUGAGGCUGGAUGCCAUGUGCCGUGCCUUCAAAUGCCUGGAUAAGGAUAACAACGGGACUAUCAAAGUCAAUGUUCAGGAGUGGCUUCAGUUGACCAUGUACUCUUGAGUCCAGACGACGUCGCCCCUUCUGCUUUGAACCACUUCUUUUGUUAGCACAAAAUAUUUUCUCAACCAACCCUACAACCCCCUUUUAUUCAGCAAAUCCCUUUUGUGUGCAGGUUUAUUUUUGAAUGUUAAUGCAAGUGAAGUGGGAUUGUUCACUGUUUCAGUGAACUUAUACUUAGAACUGUAUACUAAAUUAUACAGAAUUUAUACUGAAUUAGCAACCCAUAAAAGAACAAACCUACACUCACAAUGGUACAAUCGGGUGCAUAAAUACGAUAGGAUGUCGAAUUGGUGUCAUUUGGUCUGCUUGUUUGGCAUUUUGCUUUUGAUCUUCUUCAGGCCUGAGAGGAGGCAGGCCAACAUCAAGAUGUUUUCUACACAGUGAAAAUUUUAAAAACUUAAUGUGAAAAAGCAGAAAACUCCUGUUUGUGUGUGGCUGUGGCUGGUUUUACAAAGAUUGUAUGUUAAGAGGGAUCUGUGGUGGUUGGCCAAAACAAAAUGCGGAUAUUCCAGUUUUCUGUUGGAGUGAACAGAAGUUAACAGUGCGAAGCUGUAGCUGUUUGUCGUUUGAACGGCCACCCACACAGUAGGUUCCACUUAUUUUACCUAGUUAUAUCCUUCUCAGAACUAUGUGGGCGUGUACAGAUGAUUGAUUGACAUCUACGUGUCUGCUGUUAUUUUUCUCCUCAUACCUUAGCACAUGGAUUUAAGUGACCGCGCCAAUUCUUAGAAAAGCUCCACCCAACUUCAACCUAAGCAGAGUGACUGUGACUAGAAAAACCUGUCAGGAUGUGCAGGAGCCUCUAAGAGUGUUAAUGUACUGCAAACAGCAAAUCACUCCUUACAGUUUAAAGGCUCAGCACGCAGCACGUUUUCAGGUGUUAAGGCUGAAUAGACACAUUCAUCAGGUGGAGCUAUUCUGAGAAUUACUCGAGCUCAUGCAAAUCCCUUCAUUCAUGAGAAUCACAAGGGUGUAAGUUGCCCCUACCCAACUGGUGUAACAACACAAACAGGAUCGUCAAUCAGUGUGCAGCUCAGAGAAAAGGGUCUAAAUUGGGGUAAAAUUAGGUUAAAAGGUAUGGAUGGACCAUGUCUUUGCAGAGACUUUCAUAUAUACAAAUCUAGAGCUUUGUAAAGUUAUACAUGUAUCUAAAGUGUCACUAUUUGUUUAGUCUGACUCAGAUGCAGAGUUAAAGCCAGUUAUUGGCUGCGGAUUUCAUGCAAUAUUCUCCUGCUCUUCCGCAGUCUAUGCCAUCUAUCGUCGCUGCGUCUUUUGCUUAGCACUGCCCAUGAGAAUUGUAAAAAGUUUAUUUUCAAAAAAAAAUUGCCCCUUUGGCAGAAUGGUAAUGUGUGGAGCUAGGCCCUUCUUUAGCGCAAUGUACUAUUUGUUAGACCACAGUCAUAUUCAUAAUCCUUGUUAGACCCGCCCCAAGCCUCACUGGAGAUUCUUUUUCACCAAAACAACAACGUCGACAGCAUUUUAUUUAAAG